AUGGCGGAGGCUCUGGGGCGCUGGCUCCGGGAGGAGAUGGAGCUGCCGCCCUCCGCCGCCCCCUCCCCGGCCGCGCUGCGCAGGCUCUGCUCCGGCCCCACAGCUCCCGUUUGGGAUUACGUCACUCGCCACGUCCGAAACCACCGGAACGUGAAGAAGAUUCGAGGAAACCUGCGCUGGCAUGGGCACCUGCAGGAGCUGGAGGCCGCCGCCGCUCCUCCGAGCCGCCAGGGGGCGCUGAGCGCGGCGGUGGCGCGGCUCCGGAAGGAGCUGCAGGACCUGGGGGACGCCAUUGCGGACGCACAGGAAACGGCGCAGCACCUCGAGGCCUCGCUGAGGGCGGGGCAAAGCCGCAGGCGGGCGGAGCUUCAGCGAGGGGCGGAGCUUCGGCUGCUGGGGGCGGAGCCAAGCCCUGCAGGGCUGCGGGGCGGCCACCAGGGGGCGCUAAAGGGAGCCCCGCAGAGGCCGGGCCAGUCCCGGGCGGAGCUUUCGGCCAUCUUGGCCUCGGGGGCGGAGCCGGAAGUGCUGGUGUCAAUCAAGGCCCUGUGCAAAGCCAGGGAGGCGGAGCUGCAGGGGCCACGCCCAUCGAGAGCUGCCAAUCACCCGGGGGAAACCCAGGAGGCUCCGGAUUGGCUGGAACAGGCUGAGGCCGUGCUGAUUGGCCACAGCCCGGGGGCGGUGCUGUGGGCCUUGGAGGCUUUGGCCAAUCAGAGCACGAGGACUCUUCUGGAUGGCCCCGCCCUCUCGGCCGAGGCCCCGCCCACCCUGAGGAGCCUCCUGCAGGAGCGCUGGGGGGCCGUGGGGGGGGUGUGGGGGGCGCUGCCCCCCCUCCUGUCCCACCUGUCCCACCUGAGGCGGCGCCUGGGGACGCUCGCUCUGCUCGGGGCCGCUCUCGGCGCCGCCCGCGCCUCGCUGCUGCGGGAGCUGCGGCGGCUGCGCGGGGAGCGACCCCAAAACCGCCGGAAUUCACCCCAAAAACCGCCCCCGGAACCGCCGGACCCGCAACGCUCGGCCCCAAAAUCCCCGGGUUUGGCCCCAAAAGCCCCAAAAUCCCCGGGUUUGGCCCCAAAAUCCCCGGGUUUGGCCCCAAAGCCGCCCCUGGGCGCGCUCCGGCGGCGGCUGUGGAGGGGGCGGGGCCGAGUGGUGCAGCUGCAGCAGCGCCUGCGCUUCCUGAGCGCCGCCACCAGGGGGCGCCGUGCGAUGCUGCGCCCCCUGCAGGAGGAGGUCGUGGGCGUGGCCCGGGCGGGGCCGGGCUCGGCCCCUCCCCCGCUGGAGGGGGAGGGGCGGCGGCGCCGGGAGCUCGUACUGGGAGCACUGGGAGCACUGGGAGAGCCCCGCCCCCCGCCACAGGCCCCGCCCCCUCUGCAGGGAUUGGCCCAGGAGCUGCGCGCCGCCCAGGGGGCGCUGCUCUCCCGGGCGGCCAUCUUGCGGCAGCAGCUCCGCCAGGGGGCGCUGCGCGUGCGCCGGGGGGCGGGGCCCGCCCUGGGGGCGGGGCCAGAGCCGGCCCCGCCCCUCCCCGAGGACCCGGCGGAGCUGCUGCCCCAGCUGCGAUUGGUCAGCGACGGCGUCCGGCAGCGAAUCAGGGACUGGCCCCGCCUCCAGGAGCUCGUCAGCCAAUGGUGGUCCCAGCCGGCUCAGUGGGCCCUGGCCACGCCCCCCGACCGCACCCCCUUCUCCUAUUGGCUGCAGCGCUGGAGACGCGCCGCCCACGCGCUGCAGGCCACGCCCACCGAGGAGGAGUGGGAGGCCCCGCCCUCCUGAGGCGCUGCCACGGCUCUGAUUGGUCGGGAAUAAAAAGGGGCGGGGAAAGGGG